CUGUGCCUCCGCACGGAUUUGCGAUAGUGGCAGCGCGGAAUGGCCACGUAAUCCUCUACCCGAACCAUUUGCCUGCGACUCCUCCCCAUAUCUGGGUUCCAUUCCUUUGCUGCUCCCCUCCCAUCGCCGAGAUUUUUGUUUGAUUUCCGGCGUUUUGGUUGGUGACUUCGGCUCAGAACCCAUUCCGACCGCCGGAUCCGUUCUCUUCCGGCCGGAAUCCGGCGAGAUCUCGCGGCGAUCCGAUAGAUCCGGUCGCGUUCGGGGCGGAUCCACUCCGGCGGCGAUGUUCCUCGUAGAUUGGUUCUACGGCGUCCUGGCCUCGCUGGGCCUGUGGCAGAAGGAGGCCAAGAUCCUGUUCCUGGGGCUCGAUAAUGCUGGAAAGACGACGCUGCUGCAUAUGCUCAAGGACGAGAGAUUGGUUCAGCACCAGCCGACGCAGUACCCAACGUCGGAGGAGCUGAGUAUUGGGAAGAUCAAGUUCAAGGCCUUCGAUCUGGGAGGCCAUCAGAUCGCACGACGUGUCUGGAAGGAUUACUAUGCGAAGGUGGAUGCGGUGGUGUAUUUAGUAGAUGCAUUCGACAAGGAGAGGUUUGCAGAGUCAAAGAAGGAGCUCGAUGCUCUUCUCUCCGAUGAUGCCUUGGCAAACGUUCCGUUCCUCAUUCUGGGUAACAAGAUCGACAUCCCAUAUGCCGCAUCUGAAGACGAGCUGCGCUACCAUCUUGGCCUGAGCAACUUCACUACCGGUAAGGGUAAGGUGAACCUUGUUGAUUCCAACGUCCGCCCUCUCGAGGUUUUCAUGUGCAGCAUUGUUCGUAAGAUGGGCUAUGGUGAUGGCUUCAAGUGGCUCUCCCAAUACAUAAAGUAGGAUUCUGCCUUUACCACAGAUGUCUCAGAUACAGAAACUAAAGGUUUGACUUGCUGUGAUUCUUCUUUGGAUAUCUCUCUUUUAUAGUGGAUUUUAGACACUUAA